AUGCUUAAAACUGUUGGCAUUCAAGUGGCCUACAGUUUAGUAAUAGUAAUAGUCAUGGUGUUUUAUACAACACCCGUCAAGUGCAAACGAAGAGAAAUGAUAGCCGGCCGUUUAGAGAAUGUUACACAGACAAUAUCGAAGAUAUUGAAAGGUUACGAUAUACGAUUAAGGCCAAAUUUUGGAGCUGAUCCUUUACAUGUUGGCAUGGACUUGACAAUUGCUAGUUUUGAUGCGAUAUCAGAAGUAAAUAUGGACUAUACAAUUACAAUGUAUUUGAAUCAGUAUUGGCGUGAUGAACGUUUGGCAUUUAAUGCUUAUGGCCCCUAUUAUGAUGAUGAUGCUGACGACGAUGGUGUCAAUGAUGUUUUGACGCUGUCGGGAGAUUUUGCCGAAAAGAUAUGGGUACCGGAUACAUUUUUUGCAAAUGACAAAAAUAGUUUUUUACACGAUGUUACGGAACGUAACAAAUUGGUACGUUUGGGCGGCGAUGGCUCGGUGACGUACGGUAUGCGCUUUACAACCACAUUAGCCUGCAUGAUGGAUUUGCACUAUUAUCCACUGGAUUCACAAAAUUGCACGGUGGAAAUUGAAAGUUACGGCUAUACUGUUAGCGAUGUGGUUAUGUAUUGGAAGCCCACCCCUGUACGCGGUGUAGAAGACGCCGAAUUGCCACAAUUUACUAUAAUUGGUUAUGAGACCAAUGAUCGCAAGGAGCGCUUAGCGACGGGCAUCUAUCAGCGUUUGUCUUUAUCAUUUAAGCUUCAGCGCAAUAUUGGUUAUUUUAUUUUUCAAACAUAUCUACCCAGCAUUUUAAUUGUAAUGCUGUCUUGGGUUUCAUUUUGGAUCAAUCACGAAGCAACUAGUGCUCGUGUUGCAUUAGGUAUCACCACUGUUCUUACAAUGACUACCAUAAGUACUGGUGUACGGAGUUCCUUACCAAGGAUAUCAUAUGUUAAAGCCAUAGAUAUUUAUCUGGUCAUGUGUUUUGUGUUCGUAUUUGCUGCUCUCUUAGAAUAUGCAGCUGUCAAUUACACCUACUGGGGUAAAAGAGCCAAAAAGAAAGUGAAAAAGAGUAAAGAUGGUGAUAACAAACGAUCAGAAACCUGUUCAACUGCCGAAGAUAUUAUUGAAUUACAAGAUGUGCGCAUGAGUCCUAUACCAUCAUUGCGCAAGGGUAACUAUAAUACAACAUUUAAUCAAUUGGGUGCCGAAACUUUGGAUUUAGCUAAAUUUCCACCGAGUUUUAGAAUUGCCCGUAACUAUGGUACCACAAGUCGUUCAAAUUUACGCUAUAGAGGACAAAGGGGCAAUAAACCUCGUGUCUUGCAUGCUUUAAAGAAGGGUGCUUCUGCCAUUAAAGCCACCAUACCGAAAAUCAAAGAUGUCAAUAUUAUUGAUAAAUAUUCGCGUAUGGUAUUUCCUGUUAGCUUUUUAGCCUUUAACUUAGGCUAUUGGCUAUUUUAUAUUUUAGAAUGAUAGCAAAUUAUGACACUUCACACUUCCAAAUAGAGGUCAGGUUUAUAGAGAUAUCAACAACAAAAUUCGCAUU